UUCCAGGAGGAAGCCUCCUUCCUCGCCCAGGGAAGAAGCCUCUCUCUCUCUCUCUCUCUCUCUCUCUCCGCCUUUGGAUGGCGUCUCUCCGGAGAAGGAAAAUGAGGAUUCUGUGGAGCCACCCCUUGGAUGCAGCAAUGAAAUCAAUAAUAUAGGAAGAAGAACUUCUCUCUAGGUGAGGGUCUUGCUGAAAUCUUGACCUCGCGUACAGUAAAGGAAAGAAAAAAGAAGACUGAAGCAUCUGUAUUACAACCAAACACCCAUAUCAUGGCUGACAUAAAGGAGAAAGUGUUUAUAUGCCUGGAAUGUGGGAAGAGUUUCACUCGGAGGGAUCAUCUGAAGCGACAUCAAAGGACUCACACGGGGGAGAAACCCUAUACAUGCCUGGAGUGUGGAAAGAGCUUUGCUACGAGUGGACAUCUACAUAAACACCAAAGGAUUCACACUGGGGAGAAACCCUAUACGUGUCUGGAGUGUGGGCAGAGCUUUACUACGAGUGGAAAUCUACUUUCACAUCAAAGGAUUCACACUGGGGAGAAACCCUAUACAUGCCUGGAGUGUGGAAAGAGCUUCACUAUGAGUGGACAUCUACGUUCACAUCAAAGGAUUCACACUGGGGAAAAACCCUAUACAUGCCUGGAGUGUGGAAAGAGGUUCACUGAGAGUACAGGUCUACGUAGACAUCAAAGGAUUCACACUGGGGAGAAACCCUAUACAUGCCUGGAGUGUGGAAAGAGGUUCACUGAGAGUACAGGUCUACGUACACAUCAAAGGGUUCACACUGGGGAAAACCCCUAUACAUGCCUGGAGUGUGGGCAGAGCUUCACUAAAAGUGGAAAUCUACAUAGACACAAAAGGAUUCACACCGGGGACAAACCCUAUACAUGCCUGGAGUGUGGGAAGAGCUUUGUUCAGAGUUCAGAUCUACGUUCACAUCAAAGGAUUCACACUGGGGAGAAACCCUAUACAUGCCUGGAGUGUGGAAAGAGCUUUGCUCACAGUACAGUUCUACAAUCACAUCAAAGGAUUCACACUGGGGAGAAACCCUAUACAUGCCUGGAGUGUGGAAAGAUCUUUGCUCAGAGUUCAGGUCUACAUUCACAUCAACGGACUCAUACUGGAGAGAAACCCUAUACAUGCCUGGAGUGUGGAAAGAGCUUUGCUCACAGUUCAGUUCUACAUAAACACCAAAGCAUUCACACUGGCGAGAAACCCUAUAAAUGCCUGGAGUGUGGGCAGAGCUUUACUAGGAGUAGAAGUCUACGUUCCCAUCAAAGGAUUCACAUUGGCGAGAAACCCUAUAGAUGCCUGGAGUGUGAGAAGAGCUUCACAGAGAGUGGAAGUCUACGUUCACAUCAAAGGAUUCACACUGGGGAGAAACCCUAUAAAUGCCUGGAGUGUGGGCAGAGCUUCACUUAUAGUUCAGGUCUACGUUCACAUCAAAGGAUUCACACUGGGGAAAAACCCUAUACAUGCCUGGAGUGUAGAAAGAGCUUCACUCACAGUGGUAGUCUACGUUUACACCAAAGGAUUCACACUGGGGAGAAACCCUAUACAUGCCUGGAAUGUGGGCAGAGCUUCAGUAGGGGUGGAAGUCUACAUUUACAUCAAAGGAUUCACACUGGGGAGAAACCCUAUACAUGCCAGGAGUGUGGGCAGAGCUUUACUAGGAGUGGAAGUCUACGUUCACAUCAAAGGAUUCACACUGGAGAGAAACCCUAUAAAUGCCUGGAGUGUGGAAAGAGCUUCACUCAGAGUUCAAAUCUACGUUCACAUCAAAGGACUCACUGGGGAGAAACCCUAUAAACACAUAGUGUGUGGGAAAAGCUUCUCUGAGAGUAGAAAUCUACAUAGACAUGGAAUCCACACUGGAGAGAACAGUGGUGUUUGACCCCAAAGAGAGUUUCCCAGAUAGAGCUUUCCAGACUUUUCAUGUUGGUCAAACACUUUUUAGAAAUACAUCCUUUUGUGACACAGUAAUUUAGUUGAACUAGCAAACUAUAAGAUAGUCAAUAUAAUACUAUAUUACAUAAUACUAGCUGUACCCAGCCAUGUGUUGCUGUGGCCCAUUUUGGAGCAAUGGCAAAGAGAGAAAAGUGGAAGAGCUGGUUUCUAAACUAUCAAUACACGACUGAAGUGGCAAAGUGUCAAUAUAAAAUAGUCGCAUUUUAGUCUCGAGGCCAAAGAGUUAUAUGGAUGUGUGGAAGGGCUCCGAGUUGCCUGAGUCCACACUGCCAUAUAACCCAGUUCAAAGAUAUUAUAUAGGUAUUAUUGUUGUUGUUAUUAUAGACAUAUAGAUAUUAUUAUAGGCAUAUAGAUUUUUUAUUAUUAUUGAUAUAUAGAUAUUAUAGAUAUAGAUAUAGGCAGAUAGGUAAUAUUAUUAUAGAUGUACAGAUAUUAUAAGUAGAGACAUACAGAUAUUAUAGACAUGUAGAUAUUAUUGUUAUAGACAUAUAGAUAUCAUAGACACGCACACACAUAUAUGUAUUAUAGACUUAUAGAUAUCAUUAUGAUAUAUAGAUAUUAUUGUAGAUAUAUUAUAGCCGAGGGUUGCUAUAAAAUAAAAAUUGAUGGCCAUCUUUUGGGAGGGUUUUGAUUGUGCCUUCCUGGACAGCCUUUUCUAACUCACAGAGCGUGCGUUUUUGUCCUUCCUUUGAAUACUGGACUUCAUUCCCCAGAAUUCCUUCCCAUAACUCAAUAUGGAUGAUCUUUCUGGGCACACACACACACAGAAUCCCUCCCGUGUGAGUUCCCAGCAGCCCAGCGGAGGCACCUCCAUGCUGCCGACAACCAAGACCCGAGAGGGAAAGGAAAGGAAAGGAAAGGAAAGGAAAGGAAAGGAAAGGAAAGGAAAGGAAAGGAAAGGAAGGGGGUGGAUUUGGAGGAGGGUGUCCUCUCUCCCUCCCUUUCCUCCCUCCCUCUCUCUGAAUCCUUUGGGAAGAGAGAGGCAGGGGGUAGGAAGAGGGAUGUACGGGCCACCUUUCCCUCCCUCUCUCAAGCUGCCUCUCUCUCAGCUGUUGUUUAUUUCCCUUGGUGCAGGAGGGAGGGGCGGGGGAGGGUGUCCCUUUAACACAUGCUUUGUAUACUCAUUUAGGUUUGUGCGGGUUUAAGUUCUUUCCGGUUAAUUUUUUUGGUUUUUUGAGUGAAGAACAUACAUUGCUUUAGUUGGUGUCUUGUGUCCAAAUUUGAUGUCAAUUCGUCCAGUGGUUUUUGAGUUCUG